CUCUCUCUCUCUCUCUCUCUAAGCCAGUAGCAGAUCUGAACUAACGCCAUGGCCACGAUACAGUUCGUGAAGGCACGUCAGAUCUUCGACAGCAGAGGCAAUCCAACAGUCGAGGUUGAUGUGCAUCUAUCAAACGGAAAAAAGGAAAGAGCUGCUGUUCCAAGUGGGGCAUCCACUGGAAUUUAUGAAGCCCUUGAACUGAGAGAUGGAGGGUCAGACUACCUUGGAAAAGGUGUUUCUAAGGCAAGUUGUUGCUUGGCAAUUCAUUCUGCUGUUGAUAAUGUCAACUCAAUUAUUGGCCCUGCUCUCAUUGGCAAGGACCCAACUGAUCAGACUGGUAUUGAUAACUUUAUGGUUCAACAACUUGAUGGAACUCAAAAUGAGUGGGGCUGGUGCAAGGAAAAGCUUGGAGCAAAUGCCAUCUUGGCAGUGUCUCUUGCUGUCUGCAAAGCUGGUGCUAGUGUCCUGAAUAUCCCUCUUUACAAGCAUAUUGCCAACCUGGCCGGCAACAAGAAGUUGGUAUUGCCUGUUCCUGCGUUCAAUGUCAUCAAUGGUGGAUCACAUGCAGGAAACAAACUCGCUAUGCAGGAAUUUAUGAUUCUUCCUGUUGGAGCUUCCACGUUUAAGGAGGCCAUGAAGAUGGGUGUGGAAGUAUACCACCACUUGAAGGCUGUGAUUAAGAAGAAAUACGGUCAGGAUGCAACCAAUGUUGGUGAUGAAGGUGGCUUUGCUCCAAAUAUUCAGGAGAACAAGGAAGGCCUUGAGUUGCUUAAGACAGCCAUUGCCAAAGCCGGUUACACGGGAAAAAUUGUUAUCGGAAUGGAUGUUGCUGCAUCUGAAUUUUAUGGAACAGAUAAGACCUAUGAUCUGAACUUCAAAGAAGAGAACAAUGAUGGGUCACAGAAGAUUUCAGGGGACCAGCUUAAGGAUCUAUACAAGUCAUAUGUGUCUGAGUACCCGAUUGCUUCAAUUGAAGAUCCAUUCGACCAAGAUGACUGGGAACAUUAUGCCAAGCUAACUGCUGAAAUUGGGGAAAAAGUACAAAUUGUGGGAGAUGACCUAUUGGUCACCAAUCCCAAGAGGGUUGGGAAGGCAAUCAAGGAGAAAAGUUGCAAUGCACUCCUUCUCAAGGUUAACCAAAUUGGGUCUGUAACUGAGAGCAUUGAAGCUGUUAAAAUGUCCAAGCGGGCUGGUUGGGGUGUAAUGGCCAGCCACCGCAGUGGAGAGACAGAGGAUACUUUUAUUGCUGAUCUCUCUGUGGGUUUGGCCACGGGUCAAAUUAAAACUGGAGCUCCAUGCAGGUCUGAGCGUCUUGCAAAAUACAAUCAGAUCUUGCGAAUUGAAGAAGAACUUGGUUCAGAAGCAGUUUAUGCAGGAGCAAGCUUCCGCACGCCUGUUGAACCAUACUGAUGUAUUGAAUCAGCAGUAGUUGUUAGUGCAGAAUGGAGUGUGUACUUGCACUGAAUAAAUCUUUUUGUAACAUGGUCACUUUGUGGAGACCUGAGCCCCUUUUCUAAUAAUUGCCACUAAAUUUUUGUUCCAAGGUUUAGCAGCCCAGAACUGAAGUUUUUUGACGGCUUUGCAUGUUUUCUCAUCUAAGGGCUGAUAGAUAUGUUAUCCCUUGUUAGAAAAUGGGAUGUUUGCUUCUAUAAAAAGAUUUUCGUUUUGCG